CAAGAAUCUGCAGAAUAAAAGUCAGGGGAGCAGCAGAGACUCCAACAUUUUGCCUCGUCCAGAACAAAAUUCCUUUUUCCAGCCUGUUCCACCAUCACCACCAUGACCUUUCUUGGUGUUGUUCUCACGUUUUGUGGCGUAUUGACGCUGACCCGAGCCGGGCCGAUUAACUCAACCCUCACCAAGAGCGUGGGGGGUUUCUGCGACCAGAAGCACCUGCAAUGCACGAUCUUCCCCGGGAUGUUCUGCCCUCAGUGCGACGCCAACGGGAACUUCCUGCCCCAGCAGUGCUCCGGUUCGACCGGAUACUGCUGGUGCGUGGAUAUAAUCACCGGAGAGGAGAUCCCCAACACCAAGACCGCGCCUGGAGUCAGGCCCAUUAACUGCGCACAGAAUUUGCGCUGCCCAUAUGGAUGGACCAGAUUCGGUCGUCGGUGUUUCCUCUUUAUCGACACCCCAAAGACAUGGCCUGAAGCUGAGUUUUACUGUCAGUUCGAAGAAGCAAACCUGGCGUCAGUCCACAGUUACGAAGAGAAUCGCUUCAUCCAAACUUUCACCAGAGGAGACACACACAGCUUCCCAGAAACCUGGAUUGGAGGAACUGAUGCUAUACAUCUUGAUUUCUGGAUGUGGUCCGACGGCUCCAAGUUCGACUAUGAGAACUGGUACAAUGACGACCACAACGAGACGGAAGAGCGCUGCCUGAAGAUGAAUUAUCACUAUACCCUGAAGUGGUCUGCUGCUCCCUGCGACCACUAUCUCCCUUUUGUUUGUUCCAAGGACAACUGAACGCAUCUUCAGAAAUUAAACCUGAGCAAAAACAAACCCGACCCGUGUCACUAACUGCGGUUCGAGAAGCACAGAAGCUGCCAUUUUUACCAAACACAUGCAAUUUUUGUUUGUUGUAUAAGAAAUAAAAGCAAAGAAAUAAAACCAAUAAAAUUAAA